CUGUUGUGGAGAGAGGUGAGAUCAGCGAGAACACAAGGCCAGUUGACGAGAGAAACAGGGAAGAGCUGGGAAACGGACUAAGGCAUAUAACGCCAAUAAAAUACGUGUAAACAAGAAUGUCAAUGUCAGGUUCGCCACAGCAGAUACUAAAAGGACGAGAAAUUCCAAGCAGACGUAUAGUUUUGAACGAUAUUUCGCAGUUACCUCAUGAUUACAGCACGACCCCUGGAGGAUCCAUAUUUUCCACAACCCCAGGCGGUUCAAAGAUUUUCUACGAGCGUUCGUUCUUGCUGCAGUGUCGAAACUCACCAUUGACUAAGAGUCCUCCACCAAAUAUGGCUAAGAUUCCCGGAGUAACAGCACCGGGAACUGUGGAUAUGCCUCUGGAAAAUGGCAAUGUCACAGAUGAAAAUCAAAAACAAAAACCAACAGGAGAAAAGGCUGAACAUGAAGAUGGGCCACAGUUUGAGAUGGACAUUUGAACUUGCCACCCAGAAUGCCUUUCAGUUAGCUUCCAUUGGUGAUGUCCACAGGAAUUGUACCAGUUUGGAAGUGCUCUUUCGUUAUGAACACCUUUUUUUUUUAAUUUUUUAGACAGCUUUUCCAAAUUUAAUGCUCACAACCAUUUAAGAAGGAUUCUGUUGAGCAAAAAAUUGGAAACUACAUUGAAACCAAGCUACAAAUCAGAGGAUGUUUUGUUUCCAAUACAAAGCAGUUUGUCCAUUCCUUGGCAUUUGUAUGCAGAAUCACCACGAUAUUAAUGCUUUAGACCCCACAUGACACUGUUGGUAGCCCACUUUUUUAUGAAAAACAGGGCAAGGGUGUAGUAUAUGAAAUGUCCAUGUCAAAUGCAGCAUUGGUUAUUUUUAUAUUAUUCCUUUUAAGUUGUGGCAAUAUUGUUAAAAAUUCCAUUGCCAUUUUUGUAGCAGAUCUGGGGAAGAAUAGAACUCUUAAAAAGUGUUACCAUGCAUCAAUGGGUUUCUUCAAGCUGUACCUGUGAGAGAUGUGUGAAGUGAGUGUGUACACGAGAUGGCAGUAUUUUAAAAACCCAUUCCCUGAGUAUAUAUGAAAUCCUUUUUUAUACAGAAUGAUUGUUCCUUUUUACAUUGUUGUCAGGGAAGUUGAGAGAGUUGAGGUGGGUGCCAUCUUGUUGAUAUUGACACUUAUGACAGGAAGCCACAGAAGCAUGGAUAACAUUGACAGAAGUGGUGAACAACUCCAAGGUUUUACAGACGAUAAAAAAAAAAUUGUUGGGAUGCUUGAUAAUGAAGCCAUUGAAAACAAUAAUUAUUGGUUUCCUUCUUUGUAUUAAUAGAAAAGAACUUUUUAAAUGUUUUGAGCCUGAUGUCUUAGGCAUGUGAUAGGAUUAUUUAAAGUCAUUGUGGUAAAAUGACUGAGAAUGGUGCAUUUUAUAUUUAGAUAAGUUACCUAAGUAAGUUGGUUGUCUCAGGUACUGCCAUUCUUUGGCUUUUCAGGUUUACUAGGUUACCAAAAUAAGAAAGUUGAAACGCUAUACAACAAAUUCAAUGAUCACAUGAACCACUUAAAAUACUGAAUAAUUGAAUCCUGUUUAGUUUAAAAGACCUGUGAUGCUAUUAAUAUUUUAAACAGGUAAAUUUGGUAGCAUAGGCAAAGAUGACAUUGAUAUAUUGUACAAGGGCAUUAAUUGAAAUAUCUAAUGCACUGUCAAUUUUCAUUUUCUAGAUAGACAUGUUUGAUGCUCACCAGCAAACCUGUUAAAAUUUUACUAGGUUUAAUUUGUUACAUUGUCCCUCUUAGAUAUAAACUUUCAAUACUUGUUAAUUCCUCUUAUAAUAGGUCCCUAAUUAAUGUUUUUAGUCAUAUCUAUUAUAAUUUUGAUACUACAAGUUAUCAAACAGGUAUAUUGUUUGCUAUAUAACCUCUUUUUUCUGCAUUGUAUUAUAAUUUAGUACAUUCUGCUGGACUUCAUUUUUUUAAGAAUUAUUUAUAAGAUCAUGAGGUAUGAAGAAUUGUGAUUGGUAAUCUGUAUGCAAUGUUAUGGUAGAGGUCGUUCCUUUCAUUGGUCGACAUCUAGCACUAUUGUGACAGAUGACUGUACACAAUAUAGAACAUAAAAAAAGUUAUUAAAAUUAUGAAAUUUA